AUGAUGAUGUUCUUCCGACCGAUUCCGGCCACGGCGGCCAAUCUCAUUGAGACUAGCCAACUGCGCAGGAGAUAUUAUAGUGCACAAGUGUACGCGCAGACACAACGUGCACUCUUUAUUCCUGUCACUCUCAUACUCCGGUGGGACGACUGCUCGACACGACCAGUGAGAGUUAAGGCGCAGGACCGAUGGCUUAAGGUGCUCUCCAAGGCAGGGGAUGAAACACCGCCAAUUUCCCAACUCCGGGCUGUUUCUGAGGCUUACUUAUACAGAAAGACUCAA